UGGCGAAAGCUGAUGUUUUGUUCAUCCGCCGAAGGACUUCUAUGCUUCACUCCACACAGAAAUAACGAUAGCGAGGAGGUAGAAAUAAAGAAUGAAUACCAGGCGGAAGAAGUGGUCUGCGAUCGUGCUGACUUGUCAAAAUAAGGCCAGCGCUCAUGCUUUUAAUAGAGAGCUGGAGCUGUGUCAAAAGAAAGGCCUCAUUGAUAAAGACACCCUUCUCUUGGCCCUUGAAGACCCAAAGGCAAGAGUUGGCAGUGGUGGCGCCACGCUUAAUGCACUCCUUGUCGUAACAGAACACCUGAGCGCCCAAGCAGGAUUUCUGACAGUUGAGUCCAAAGUUUUGCGAGAUGCUGACAUCCUUAUUAUGCAUAUGGGUCGAAAUUAUCCUUUUAGUGCCUGUGGGAGAGCAUUUACAACAUUGCCAGCCAAGUAUAAUGACCGCUCACCUGUGAUGCUCUAUGAUAGUCUUGUUGAUGUGUUUGGGAGUCUUCUUUACCUGCUUACCUACACUGUGUGCCCUGACUCUCCUAGUGGUGUCUGGGUCUGCAGUACAGAUCAGAUGCUGUCUGUAUUGCCAGACACAGUGAUUGAUUGGUCAAAGAUGGCUUCUGACGACAUAGUUCUGCUGCUCUUUGGAUGCUCUCCUCUCUAUGCCCGCAGUCACGGAGUCUGCAAGCUUGGAGCACAGGGAGAAAUCAAGGAUAUCUUUUUUAGAGAAACAGAUGACAAAAUAAAGAGUUGUUCCCUCAGCAAUGGCAAUGUUCCAGUUGUUGGGAGUCCAGUGUUCUUUAGUCUAAGGGCUGCAGAAAAGUUGCUAUCCCUCCAUAACUUCCCCCCGCUAGACGCCUGCACUUAUUAUGGACUGGAUAAUGGUGCAAGUCCUAUACAGCUUGCCUUGGUGUUUGAUAUCAUGCUAAGUACCUGCACAGACAUCACAGAGGAGGAUUUUGUGAGAGGCACCCGCAGUACGUCAUACGGCAAGAGUACAAAGACCAGCACCGAGCAGAUGACUGAGGAGGAGAUGUCUCAAAUGGCUGGCGCACGUAGUGUCCUGUGGAGGAACAUGCGAGGCCUCAAGCCACACGGAGUCGUCUUACAAGGAGCAGAGUACCAUUACAUGGCCUCCACGGGCAUGUGCUACAGGGAUCAACUGCUGGCCAGUGCCAAGAUUAUCCAAGACAGUGGGCUCCCAUUUUUAUGCAGCAACAUCACACAUAUAGCCCCAUUGGAUGGGAGUGCCUCUGCAUUAAGCCCUGUUAUUGCAGACUCGGCCGUCGUGUUGAAUUCUAUUGUCGAGGGAAGAGUUAGCAUUGGAGAGAACGCGGUCAUCUCACAUUGUCACUUAGAGGGGGGGCUGUCCAUAGGCCCUGGGUGUGUCCUGACAGGUAUUGGUCCACGGGUCAUGAAGGAGACAGGAAUCUCGAUUCCCCCCGAUCUGUGUCUCCUCGGGUACAACGUCUGCCUGCCGAACCUUGGCGACCGCUUGAUGAAUGCUCUCGUAGUGUUCGGGGUCUUCGACGACUUAGAGUGCGCCAUUACGUCAGAGAGGAGUACGUUUUGUAACAAGCCAUGGGAAGAUUUCUUCCAGAGGACGGGUCUCACAGUGGACGAUAUCUGGAUGCGCAAUAUGUCUGAGGACAAACGUUGUCUGAUGAACGCCCGCCUCUUCCCAAUCAUCUGUCCUUUUGGGGAAGAAGAGUUAUCUGCUUCGGACACCCUGUGGUUAGCUGGCGUCACCACCAGCAGGCCAUUCACGGAUGACAAACUUCGACAAAGAUGGUUCUCCUCACUGCGACUCUCACUCAAAGAGCUCCUCUCAGUUGCGGACCUAAGUCACGAGUUUGAGUGGAGGAGAUCCCUGUGGUUUGAGAUUGGGCGCCGGCAGGUCGAGGAAGCCUUGGUCAGCAGUUCAAACACGUGCUUCCUGCCUUUCUUCAAGUCCUGCGCAAAAGAUGGCUUCCACAAGGAGUUACUCGAAGCGCUUGAUAAAGUUGCAUGUACAAGUCCGCCCGGCAUUGCGGCGCGCACGCUGGCGUGUAUUGCAGACGUUCUUGGCGCAAUGACAGGAGAUGAGGCCGGGUUACGUAGCGGACCAGCUGGAAAUGUAACGUGGCGACAAUCCUUCCAGCUGUUGGAGAGAAAACGCAUCAAAGAGGGUGUCGCGGCAUUGGCAGCCGAGCGAACAAAGUGGAUUGAUAGACCAGACCUGCUGAUCCGUGCAGCAAGGCACUACGAAGGCGCUGAACAGAUUUUACGUAAACACGCCGUCAUGAGCACUCAGCAGUUCAUAGAGAUAUCGAUGACUCACCUCCCCCCCAUGGGGCAUUGGGUGAUUGCCGAGGCUCCAGUCCGUAUUGAUCUUAGUGGCGGGUGGAGUGACACGCCCCCUAUCGCCUAUGAACAUGGCGGAUCAGUUACUAAUGUCGCAAUCAAGCUAAACGGAGAGAAACCGAUACAAGUCCAGAUCAAGAGAAUCCCGGAGCCUGAGAUCGUGCUUGUGAUAAACGCCGGAGAUCACAGCACUCGUGUUGUCUGUAAAAAGCUGGAAGACAUGGCCGACUACUCCCAGCCCCAUGCCCCAGGUGCACUUGGCAAAGCGUGUUUUUUUGCCACCAAUCUCCUCACCAUCCCCUCCACACAGUCCUUAGCCAAUCAGCUCAAAGAACGCUACCAGGGGGGCUUCGAGAUCCAUUCCCGCGCGGACGUACCCUAUGGAAGCGGCCUGGGUACUAGUAGCAUUCUCGCCGGCGCGUUUCUGGGCGCUCUGCUGCGAGCCGCUGGCCGCACUGCGGGCGUCAACUCCCUGAUUCACUCCGUGAUGAUAGUUGAGCAGAUGCUGACCUGUGGUGGGGGAUGGCAGGAUAACGUCGGGGGACUGGUGUCUGGUUUUAAGUGCGCCCGCUCCAGACCCUCUCUGCCCAUGGAGGUGACGUUUGAUGUGCUGCGGGUCCCGGAUUCUGUGAUCGAUGAGCUGAAUAGAUGCCUUGUGUUCGUGUAUACUGGCAAGACCAGGCUUGCCAAGAACCUGCUACAGGGCGUGGUUCGGAAUUGGUACAGCAGGCAGUCUGAGAUCGUUCAGGUCGUGCAUGAUUUGGUGGAGAACUCGGAAAAGUGCGCCAAGGCUUUGGAGCGAGGCGAUUUAGAGGAUCUCGGGAAAUGCGUUUACAACUACAGAGAGCAGAAGAAAAUAAUCGCUCCAGGUACAGAGCCCGAUGUCAUAAAGGACAUGAUGGAAUUGAUCGCUCCUUAUGCAUACGGUCAGUGCCUUACGGGCGCGGGUGGCGGCGGGUUCAUGUACAUAAUUGCCAAGUCUCCGGCAAUGGCGGGAUCAAUCAAAGACAUGCUGAAAACCAAGAAGCCCUCUGAUGACAUGGUUAUCUAUGACGUCAGUAUCGAUAACGAGGGUCUGAUUGUCCGCGUGGAACCUGGAUCCUAAUUGAAGAAUAGCAGUUUUUUUUUUAAAUUGUUCAUCUCCCGCGCAUGCGCACAGCUCAUACUCAAAAUUUUAAAAUUUGAAUUACAAAAUUCUCACUCUUUCUCAAUAUAGUUCACUUUCGAACUCUACGCAUUAUUUCUCAUUUAUUUUCGAAAUAGUAUAGAUGACUGAUCACGUGACUUUAAGUGACAAGUUCAAGACAAAAUAAAAACAGAAGUGGCUUCCACGCCUAAGAGUGAAGAAAAAUAUUUCUGGCUGUUUCGUAAGCGCUGAAUAAGUUACUUUUUGUUGUUAUUUUGCCGCUCAUAGCCGUGCGCGAGUUUACCACACAAAAAGUCAAUUCGACAAUUCGACAUAAAGCAAUGAAAAUACAGUUGUAAAUAUUUAAUUCAUUCUUCUGAUUAUUGGUACAGCUGAGUCAAAAUCUCUGACUUUCCUAUUUUGGAAAUGGAAUCGAUUAGUGUUUUCUUUUCUUUGGUUUUCUUAUUUCUCAGCUUGUUUAGUUACAAACAGCGGAAAUUCCAACUUAAACAAUAAAAAACCUUAACGGCAUUAACUGUCAAGAUUGUAACUUCAAGAUUGUAAAUCAAGAGACAAUUAUUAAUAACAAAAUAGAAUAUAUUUCAGGUUAACAAGGGUGAUAUUUUGAUUAAGUUGGUUAUUUUAGCUAAUGUGUAGGUAAGUUCUGUUAUGCAAUCACAGGUGUUUUUAAUUACAAAAAUAAAAGAAACUGUCACAGUGA